AUGGACAUUCGAUCUGAAUAUACACAUGAAAAUGAACCAAUUGAUGAUCCAGAGAGUCAAAUAAACCAUGUUGGUAAACGUAAUACUUUUUUGUCGAAAAUUUUUGGAAUUCAAAGUGAUGAAGCUAAAAAACUAAUAGAAAGUGAAGAAAUGAGUGCUUUUCCUCUUGAAAUAAAAGAAUCAAAUAAUAACAAUAUAAAUGACACUGAUAAUAAUAUAGGUAACUCUAGAGAAAGUAUUACAAGUAAUAUUAAUAUUCUUCCAAAUUAUAUUCAUAACUAUGCGUCAAGAGUACCUGAAUCAGAUCAAGAGUCCUCUACUACGAUAUCUUCUCCAUCAUCCUUGGUAGUAAAUAUUGAGUCAGAUAAUCAUACACUAAAAUCUCAAUCUGAUAUACUCUUAACUAAAAAAGAACAAAUAAAUAAUGUGGAAAAUGAAAGCAUUGAAUCUGUUCCUAAAGUAGGUCAAUUCUCCAUAUAUGAACAGUUUCAAAAUAAUAAUAAUAAUAAUAAUAAUAAUAAUAAUAAUAAUAAUAAUAAUAAUAAUAAUAAUAAUAAUAAUAAUAAUAAUAAUAAUAAUAAUAAUAAUAAUAAUAAUAAUAAUAAUAAUAAUAAUAAUAAUAAUAAUAAUAAUAAUAAUAAUAAUAAUAAUAAUAAUAAAAGCGUUGAUAUAGAUGGUUACAAUAUUGAUUCUGAGAAUAAACAGACUGAAAAUGAUAACCAAUUAGAUUCCAAUCUUAUUAAUCAGAAAUACUCUCAGUAUUUUAAUAAAUAUUUUAAUACACAUAUUGAUAAAAAAAUACAAGAAGAAGGUAAAAGUUUUAUUUUUAAAGAAGAAAAUACAGAUAAUAUACCGAAAAGGCCAAGCAUUCUUCGACAUAUUUCUAUCCUUAAUAAUACAUCUUCAAAUAAAAUCCAUACACUAAAUGCAAAGGAGAAAGCUUUGUGGAAGUGGGCUAAUAUUGAUAAUUUAGAUACUUUUUUUCAAGAUGUUUAUAAUUAUUACUUGGGAAACGGGUUUCUUUGUAUUAUGUUACAAAAAGUUUUGAAUUUGCUAACUUUAUUGUUUGUUGUUUACGUCUCUACUUAUUUAGGUUAUUGUAUUGAUUACUCACGGCUGCCAAAAGCACACAGUUGGUUUGAAAUAUCUCAAGAUCAAUGCUAUAAAAAUAACAUAACGGGCUUUAUUAAAGUUUUACUUUGGGUAUUUUAUAUUUUCCUAUUUUUAAAAUUAAUUCAAUUAUAUUUUGAUUAUAAGAAUUUAAUUGACAUAAAAAACUUUUAUAAUCAUCUAUUAAAUAUUAAUGAUGGUGAAUUGCAAACCAUUCCCUGGCAAAAUGUGGUAAAUCAAAUCAUUUCAUUAAAAGAUCAAAACGCACUGACUGCAAAUGUAGUUGAAGUUAAGGCUAAAAAUAGAAUCAGUGCACUUGACAUUGCAAACAGAAUUAUGAGAAAGGAAAAUUAUUUAAUUGCUCUUUUUAAUAAUAAUAUAUUAGAUUUGUCAUUACCAUUGCCAUUACCAUUGUCAUUGUCAUCUUAUUUAAGUUCUCACUUGUCACAAUCCUAUAAUUUAACAAAGACUUUAGAAUGGAACAUUCAUUUAUGUGUAAUCGGUUACAUUUUCAAUGAAUCUGGAUUUUUAAAACAAAAUAUUUUAAGAAAAUCACAAAGACAAUAUAUUAAGGAUGAACUGAAUAAAAGAUUCAUGUUAGCAGGAUUUUUAAAUAUUAUUUUAUCUCCAUUCUUAGUUUCCUAUUUUAUUUUACUUUAUUUUUUUAAAUAUUUUAAUGAAUAUAAAACGUCCCCAGGGUCAAUUGGUGUUCGUCAAUAUACACCAUUUGCUGAAUGGAAAUUUAGAGAGUAUAAUGAACUUUAUCAUCUUUUUAAGAAAAGAAUAGAUUCCAGCAUACCUAUAGCAGACCAAUAUACUAAUCAGUUUCCUAGAGAAAAAUAUAAUAUUAUAAUGAAAUUUGUUUCAUUUAUAUCAGGGUCAUUUGUUGCCAUUUUGGCUAUAUUAACUAUUUUUGAUCCUGAUUAUUUUCUAAAUUUUGAAAUUACAGAAAAUAAAUCAGUUCUAUUUUAUUUAACUUUAUUUGGUUCUAUUUGGACUAUCGCGCAUAACUCAAUAUCUAAAGUGUACACGGUUUUUGAGCCAGAAGAAAAAAUAAAGGAAUUAAGUAAUUAUACACAUUAUUUGCCAAAGGAAUGGGAGGGAAAAUAUCAUAUGGAGGAGGUGAAAGACGAGUUUUGUAUGUUUUACAACUUGAAGAUUAUUUUACUUUUUAAAGAGCUGACAAGUUUAAUCACUACCCCUUUCAUUUUGUGGUUCUCACUACCAAAAUCAACUGAUUCGAUAAUUGAUUUUUUUAGAGAAUCGUCUGUAUAUGUAGACGGUUUAGGGUAUGUUUGUAAAUUCGGAAUGUUUGAUAAUAUGGAAACAAGAACAAAAACAUUACCUAGUAACUUAACUUCGGGACCCUUGACUAAUUCUGCUAUUGUUGGUGGGGUAGAAGACUUGAGUGUUAAUGAAGAUACAUUAAAUAAGAUGAUACAAUCAUAUUUAUAUUUUGCAGAUGACUAUAAUGGUAAAAAGAAAACCUUUGGAAAAUAUCAGCUACCUCAAGGAAAUCAGAAUCUAUAUGGCACAAAUAAAAUUAGUGGUCAAUAUAAAUAUUCAUGGGAAAAGCAAUUUAAACCAGGACAAAAUCCAAGGUUAUUUCAGACAAAUUUAACUAAUUAUCAAGAUAGAUAUAGAAACAAAAAUUCUAGAAAUGAUCAGUUGUAUCAGAAUAAUACAACAAAUUCAUUUAUUAAACUUUCAUCUUCGUCAUCAGUAUAUAAUCACACAAUUGGAGCCGGCAAUGGGUUAGAAUCAACAAAAAGAGAAGGAAUUUUAAAACUGGUUAAGGAAUAUUAUGAAAAGUCAAAUGUUUAA